AAAAAUAGCGCGAAAACAUUCUCACUUUGAGGUUAGUUUUGUUUUGAUCUGCAAAAUCGUGAGAAACUUUGAAAAAUAAUAAAGAAAAUUGUGUGAAAAUAAAAGAAAAUGGAUUUCGCGUGGAGUGAUGAUGAAGAAAAUGAUGAAGCGCUCAUGGAAAUAUCAGCUCAACUGGAAGAGAAUGAAGUAACAACGUCCCAAAUGAACUGUAUACUUCCGGAAGAGUUUCAUGCAUCCCACUUUGUCUGUACUGGAGAUGAUGGUCCAGAUUCUGUUUUCCACAGUAUCUCCUUUGUCCAGAACAAUGAUCUCAAUGUGAUAAAUACCGGCAGAAAAGUGAAUCUCGACAAUUUGUCUCUCUUCAACCUGAAUGCCUGCCAAGAAGUCUUUUUGGAGAAAAGCCUCCUCCGGACGCUCUAUUUGAUGGCAAAGACUACAGCUUUGGAGUUAAAGUGUGGGAAGAAACUUCCAAGAGCUGUUUCAGAGUCAAAUUUCGACAAGAGAAUGCAUAUCACUCGACUUCUGCACUUUACAAGGAGUUCCUUUCAUUUAAUUGAACAAGAGGAUUUGUUUAGGAACCUGAAAGUGUUGGAAAGUAUCCUAGAAGCUGAAGAUUCUAUUCCCAGCUUCAAUCUCCUGUCCACGAUCCACAGCAAUCCAUCAUCGGCAAAUCAUCAUUUCUUCCAUGGUUAUCUCGAAUGGCGAUGGCUCUACCUGACCAUUCUCCUCCGGAACUAUCAGGAAAAUGCCCUGGAAAAUGAUUUCAGGGAAUGUCAGAGCUGGGAGAGGCUCCUGGAUGCUAUCAGCUUGUAUGUCUUCGAUUUACUGAAGAUUUCUCUCAACAAAUUCAACGGAAAUAAGCUACAGGAUGUUCUGACUGUGACUCCUUUUGCCUGUGUCUGCGUCAAGGAGUCCUGGUUCCUCAUCAUUUCUCUUCUCGAAUCCUUCAGGGAGAAGAUUUCCUUCUGGGAAAUUUUCACUACAAGUCUCAAUUGUUUGGUGUCUUCCUUGGGAUCUGAGAAGAUUUCCAGAGUGCGAAGAGGUCCAAGUAAAUGUGAGAAUCCUCACAUCUUCACAAUGUGGAUUCUCCAGCAUCUCGUUAAGUUCCAGGAUAUCACUUCGAAGAGUAUUUCAAAAGAGACACUCCAGAACGUUGAUCUUCUCGACAGGACGGUAAAGUCCUUCUUUGCUGAAGAACCUUCAGAGCAGGAAGUCCGUGUGGCCAUUAGGAUAGUUUCCGGACUUAUUCUGAACUACUGGGCAUCCGCGAUUGAUGUUAUUGUGCAAUUUUGGGAGUACUUCCACAAAAAAAUCAACACAAACUUCUACAUUCCGAGCGAUGGAAUGAACUCUCUUCUGGUUUCAAAUGACUCAGCUAUGAGCUACUUGAAAGCUGCUAGACAGCAACUGGGGACUUCCCUGAAGAACAUUCCUCCCACUCAAACGAGCUACACGACUUUCUGCCAGAUAAUCGGGCACUUCCUGCAGAAAUUCUCUCAAUCCGAGUUCAUGAAGAACUUUCAGCGGAUUUCCGGGAGAAUCUUCAUCAAGUUCACAACAAAAAAGUGGCAGUCGAUGAAUGAGACAGGAAUACACAACCUGACCAGUUUACUGGUGAUUCUGGCUACGAUGGGUGAUGAAAAAAUCACAGAGAGGGUUGAAAGUAUCUGCCUCUUAAUUCCCCUUCAAGAAUUGUCAGUUCCUCGUCAACUGGCAGCUUCGAAAUCCCUAAUAGCCCUCCUGAUCCUUGCCUUCAGGCAAUGCCAACCAUCUCAGUAUCCCGGAAAACUCAUGAGUAAACUCAAUCUGCAAGUUCCAGAAACUCCCACGCCCCAAAUUGUCCUCAAGGUCUUUGCACAUGGACUAUGCGAUAUCUUCACGGAGUCUGAGCUCUUCAAUCGAGAAGAGCAUAUUUUGGUCGCUCCCUGGAUCUGGCAGUACCUGAAAUCCUGCUCGGAAAACGAUCGGGAAUUUCUGCUCAAUCAUCUGAAUAAAACACUCGUAAGGAUUCAGGGCAUCAUCUCCAGAGGCGAUGAGUCUUCCAAUCUUCAGGAAUUACUUCGUGCCUUUUUUAGUCACCUUUUGCCAUACAUCAGGGAGGAGUAUGAGUCCAAUGAGGGGAUUUUGUGGCUGCCAGAGCUCACGGGAAAUCUCUGCCUGGCAGCUUCUGGACAAAAUGGACUGCCUAGGAUUGAGGAUCUGUUCUGCAGCUUCAUGGAGAUGAACUGUCGCAAUCCCAAAUCACUUUUCACCCUCUUCUCAAUGAUUGCCACUUCUGACAAAGUAUCUGCAUUGAAUCCUGCCCUCUUGAUCCAACACUGGAUCCGCUGCAUGAUCUUCUGCUCUUCAGCUUCAACGGCAGAUUUUCGCCUGGCCACUGAAGCCAUUGCCUCACUUCCUGAGCUCCAGGAAGUAUGUGCUAUAAAUCAGGAGGAAUUUCUUGCAUCCAAAGAACCCUUCUAUGCCUUCCUCUUCGGAAUUGGGCAGAAAUUCCAACAGAUGGAGAAUCCACGAGACAAAAUGGGUCUUUCGAAUAAAUUUCACAAUUAUGUGAAGGGCUUUGAAAAGUGGGCUCUGCAAGGAUUGGACAGCCAAGAUGGAGCUAGCAAUGUAUACAGGACAAUAGCUGUGAUUGUCCUUCAUUGCUCAAACAUCAUCUACGUGCCAAUGAAGGCAAACUGCUUUUUGAGGAUUCUCGUGUCCGAAUUCAUUCUUCCGUCAUCAUUGAUCUUGGGAAAAAAUCAAUCUGUCCAUGUGAUUAAGGCUAUGAUGAAGAUUUUUCCAGUUUUCCUGGAAGGAAUUGCCAAGUUGAACUUUAAGAAUGAUACCUACUUGACGAAGUUGAUCAGUGACAUGAUCAUCCACUGGACUCCGCACUUCAAAAAUGCCACAAAUGCCUCAAUAGCAGCUAAACCUUUUAUCAAGUGCCUCUCUUCGAAAUGUCCUCAAAUGGGGCUCUUUGUCAUUGAGAAAUACUGUGAAGGGUUCUUCCCGCAAGUCCCACGGAAGGGCAACACAAACGCAGCUCUUGCGAUCAAUAUUCUGCGAGAGAUCUUCACACAAAUGGCCUCUUCAGCAGACGCCUUCGAAACUCUUCUUGGAGUCGCAUGCUGUCCACUUAUGGAUCACGUCCUGAUGACUGAUGACUUUGCUCCAAGCAAUAAAUUGAUUCUGGAUCUUCUGGAGUUCGUAUUCAAGAGCCCCACGUACAAAAAUGCACCAAAAUGCCGGCAGAUUGUUGGGCAAGGUCUAAAAAAUAUUACAACUUCUAAACUGUCCUUCCAGACUUCAGCUUAUUUUCUUUUCAUGCUGAAAAUGGCCAAAGUGAAUCCUUUGGCUGUGAGUGACCUUCUGCCCUUUCUCAAGGAUCAAAUUAUCGAAGUGGAAUUUAGACGAGGUUCCGGACGCGAUGCACGUCUUCGGCAGCAACUCAACAGUCUGGAAGAUGCUGUAGUAGCUGAGAAAGAAACUGCCUGAAGUCAAAGGUAAAUUCAUAUUUAUUUAUAUCAAUAUGUUUCCACUACAAAAAAACACUUAACAGGAUUAAAGAUUAAUAAAUUAAAGA